AUGGCGGACUCGUCUUCUUUUGCUGACCCACUGCAGGGGCCACUGUCCACUAUUUACCCCGCUGCGUUUCCAUACUUGAAUCCCUUGGAUAGAUUCCGCAUUGCGAUUGCUGAAGAGCUCUCCAUCAUCACCGGCGCGGAUAGAAAUUUGAUUUUCGAUAGCCUCGACCGGUCCACGUCGCUCAACAAAGGCGACUUACUUCUCGCCGUGCCUCGCCUUCGUGUCAAGAACAGCCUACCAAUCGAACUAACCCAUGAAGUGGUAGCAAAGUCGAAGCCCCAACGGCCGAAGGCGUCUCUCCUCAGUUUCAUGUUCAAUCCCAAGGAGCUUCCUUCAGCUCUGCUGCCCACCAUUCUUCAACUACGAGACGAUUACGGCUUUAACACCAAACAUGGUUUGCGAGACCCUGCAGACGCUGAGGCCGGGAAGAAGACAGUUAUCAUUGAAUUUUCCAGCCCCAAUAUUGCUAAGAAGUUCCACGCGGGCCAUCUCCGAAGCACCAUCAUCGGAGGUUUCCUGUCGAACCUGUACGAGAAAUCUGGAUACAUUGUGGUUCGCACGAACUACCUGGGCGACUGGGGUCGGCAAUACGGGCUCUUGGCUUGCGGCUGGAAGCGGUACGGAGAUGAAGUCGCGUUUGCACAAGACCCCAUCGGCCAUUUGUUCGACAUUUACGUCAAGAUCAGCGCCGAUUUCGAGCCCGAGGAAGAGGCCUUCAAAGCUGCUGGCAAGCGGGGGGAAGAUACUUCCUUGUUAGAAUCGAGAGGCAUUCUCGGCGAGGCAAAGGCGUACUUCAAACAAAUGGAGGACGGCGACGAGUUGGCCUUGGAAUUGUGGCGUCGCUUUCGGGAGCUGAGCAUCAAGCGUUAUCAGGAAACGUACGCGCGGCUCAAUAUUCACUUUGACGUUUACUCAGGCGAGUCUCAAGUCAAGAAGGAGACAAUGGAGAAGGCUGAAGAUAUUCUCAAGCACCGGCACGUCAUCGAACUAACGGAAGGCGCAUGGGCUGUCGACUUCAAAAAAUACGGCACCAAGGGGCUCGACGUGGCAAUCAUUCGUAACCGCCAAUGGCACGUCCAACUACCUUCUGCGGGACAUAGGCGCGGCUCUGCAGAGAGACGAGGAGGGACCCACUUGAAUCGUCUUUUCAAGAUUCUGAGUCUCAUGGGUGAUCCGUAUAACACACUUGCGAAGAAGAUGAAGCACGUUUCUUACGGCAAGGUUAAUGGCAUGUCUACCCGGAAAGGAACUGUCAAGUUUCUCGACGACAUUCUCGCAGAUGUCGGCGAUUUUAUGCAUGAUAUCAUGCGCCGGAACGAGCAAAAGUACUCCCUGGUUGACAACCCUACCCGAACAGCCGAGAUCCUGGGCAUAUCUGCUAUUAUGGUCCAAGACAUGUCCGGGAAGCGAAUCAACAACUACGACUUUGAUCUAGAUCGAAUGACCUCCUUCGAGGGAGAUACCGGACCGUACCUCCAGUACGCACACGCAAGAUUGUGCUCCAUCUUCCGAAAGGUCGACUUCACGGUCGACGAAAUGCUGAAAUCCGAUUUCUCUCUCCUCUCUCAGUCACCUCACGCCAUUGGCCUACUUCGAGUCAUGGCGCAAUUCCCAGACUUAGUGAAUCACGCGCUGAAAACUCUGGAGCCAACGACCAUUCUAACGUACCUGUUCAAGCUCACUCAUAAGCUGAGCUCAAGUUAUGACCACUUGAGAGUCGUGGAACCCACAGAAGGGCCUGCAAUGUCGCUUGCCCGGGCAUCAUUGUACUAUGGUGCCCGCCAGGUCCUCCGCAACGGAAUGGUUCUCCUAGGGAUUACGCCGAUUGAUAGGUGA